AUGUGGAAAAACCUCUUCGCCAAGUCGUCGUCGAAAGACCGACAGCACCAGCAGCCACCGCAACAACGCGAGCAUAGCGCGCCUGUGCACCACGCUCAGCAGCGACACGCGGCGCGUCAGGACGUCGGCAUGCCCGGCUCGUCGCUCCCGAUGUACGCCCAGCCGACCAAGAAGCACAAGGUCCAGCCCCCAAGCUGCACCACCAUCGAUGUGGCCGGCACGCCCGUAAAUGUGUACGGCCUCUCGGAGCUAUCGCGAGGAUCGAAUGGCGCGGCACCAGAGGUAUGCAUCACGUUCCACAUGCACGGCCGCACGGGCUCGGCACGCCGAGAACACGACCUGGUCCGUGAGCUGUGGCAAAAUGCUGUAGGCGAGCGCGAAGGCUUACAGGGUGCGCACCGAGUGCGCGAUCUGAUCAUCGUGAGUCUCGACCAGCGCAACCACGGACAUCGCACCACGAACGAGCUCGGUCAGCGCACAUGGAAAGAGGGCAACCCGACGCACGGCAUCGACCAGUAUGCCAUGUACCACGGCACGGCCAUGGACGUGUCCUACCUCAUGGACUUGCUGCCUGCCUAUCUGUUCCCGAAUGGCGAGCGCAUCGUGUCCCUCUUUGCCGUCACAGGCAAGUCCAUGGGUGGCCACGCCGCCUGGCACGUCCUGGCACACGAUCCACGGGUCCGUGUGGGUGUGCCCUUCAUCGGUAUGCCAGACUACGAAAAGCUCUUGGCACAGCGCACCAAGACGUCGAAUGUCAACGACGGCCCUCCUCAGGUGCCGGACACACUGCGUGCGCUCAUUCGCCGGAUCGAUCCGGCGAAGCAGCCAUACCGCGAGGCCAGUCCGUCGAAUCCGUUCUUUGGCAAGAAGAUCUGCAUUUGCUGCGGCGAGGAUGAUAAGCUCGUGCGUUUUAGCUUCUCGGAAGAGUUCAUCCGAGGCCUUGUCGUGGCACCACCGAAUUCGGAGGAGGCGCGCCGUAGUCUCGAGGUGUUUGUGCAGCCGAACACCGGCCACAAAGUCACGUCCGAGAUGCUGGCUCUCGGUGGCCGCUGGCUUGCUCAGUGGGCACUGGCCUACUAG